AUGUAUAUGGGCCUAAACGUCUGUAAGCGUCUGCCAUGCCAGGAUCAGCAAACCAUGGCCUUCGCAGCCCGGUAAGCGCUGGCGGUUCUCUGACACCUGGUUCCCUGCCGAUGGAUGCGUUUGCGCUCCCGCAUGGUAUAAAGGCCGUGGGCUUGGCUACCCAUUCAUUCUUCUCCUUCUGAUCCGUCGUGGUGUUGAUGCUGUUGUUGUUGUUGCUGCUGCUGCUGCUGCUGCUGCUGUUGUUGUUGUUGUUGGUUAAAAUCCUGGCAAAUUGUUGCUUGGGCCAAGGGGUGGAAUUUGAGCGCCAAGGUACGGGCUCGGCCGCGCCAUCCAUCUGCAUCCACCUCUGCUUCCGGUCUUCUUGACUCUGUCUUGACGCCGGGCUCCGGUGGGGGAGGGGAGCGUGAAGUAGAUGCUGCGCAAGUCUACGCUCACUAUAAACUGAAUUACGCGCAAGUCCUCGUGCCUGCUUGACCUUGUUGUGGAGCACACGGUAGACCUCGUCGGAUGCGACGGCCGAACUGUGUGUGUAUGUGUGUGGUUUAGUGAGAGAGAGACAGACAGAUAGGCAGACGGCACAUGUUAUCGGAAAUGCCCACGCAUAACAAAUGCCUAUAUUGGGUGCGGGGGCACGCCCAGUCGUCGGCUCACUCCGCGCCAAUUAGCAUCCGUGCUGCCCCUUAUUAUGUUUGGAUGAAAUCGUGAUCAGUGUCCGUUGUGGACCAGAGUGUGGUGGUACGCCCAAGGACAUGUUUUCGCCGUCCCAGCGACCUACGGCCUCUCUCGCCUCCGAUCUUCUUGACGAUAUCUUGACACCGGGCUCAGGUUGGGGGAGCAGGAGUAGAGAGUGCGAUAGGCGUUGCGCAAGUCACUGUCACUGCUUUCACCCACCUGCAGAGCACAGAGGGGGCGUUGUCGAAGUCGACGUUCGAACUGUUGCUUGUGAGAGAGAGAUAGAGAGUCAUUCUGUCUUUGGAAUUGUGCUCCAAAAGUUGUAUCCAGUACCCACCCCACAGUUGUACCUGUUAAGAGAAGUCGAUUUCACGGGGAACGCCAGUUCUUGGACGACCAGAGCUCUCCUCCCUUCUGGCCGAUUGUCUGACAGAGAAUGAACAUUACAGAAUGAGCAAAGUCAACCCUGGCAACUUAUGGGAGGGCUUAGUGACGGGAACGUUUGUUCGACUGCUUGUAUUUGCGUCCGUCGGACAGACGGUAGAAAGGUGGGCUGUGUGACUGCUCUUGGGGAGGAGCAUUGUGUUAGUUGGGGGGGGGGGCGGGGGGGAGCUAUAUUUGCAUGUCUGGUAGGACGAUGGGAUCUGGACUCUGGUAUUUUACCGACGAUUUUCGCAGAAACAUACACGACGUCUGAAUUUUCUGGCACAUGUGUAUGUGUGUCGAGGCUCGAGGCACUGGUUCGUCGGUCGCAGUAUGAUGGAUUCGCAAGUGAUCCACGAAGCCGUUGCGGGUCACAAGGGCGCGAUCGCAAUGAGGACAGGUUGCGAUUUAGCCCGCAUUGCUGGCGCAAAAGGUGACUGUGAUGGUGUUUUUCAGGAUAGUGCAGUAGAUGUGCUAACUCAUGAAAUUUCAACCAAGAUGUCGAAAUGCGUUCUCGUUUCGAAAAGAUAAAUUAAGUAGUGUUGUGAAACUGAUCAUGAUGCAGCAUAAAUCUAUAAUGAUCCAGUUACCUCAGGGUGUCGGCUUUCGAAAGAACCUAUUUUCGGCUGCAUGCAAGAUCUAUACUCUGCAAAAAAUGACUUCAUAUGUAAUAUGCAAUUUUCUCAUUGAUUUUCGAUGCCCUUGAAAAUUCAAUUAUAUUUCAUGGAAAACAUGCAUAAAAAUAUUCAUUCUUUUACUUAUUCGGUAGAAAAUCACGUCUUCUUUCAAUUUUAUACUCAAAAGCAGAGUAUAAUUUGGUUUUAAAAAACUUUUCUAAUUCCCGAAUAAUUUUGAACCCGACCUGCUGUUGCACUUGCAUUCAGGGUUUCAAAACUACAAGCUGUAUUUUUUUCCGUGUACGGAAAACCAUGCAUUUCUCUACGGUGUUAAGAGGAGACCAUAUGAGGUUCAUAAAAUUAAGCAGUCGAUUUGAGCAAUAUUGUUAACUUUACAAGCCACAUUCGUAAAUGCAGAUACAUGACGUUUCAUGAACGGCCAUUUAACGGUAUUAAAAAUCUCAAAAUUAGAAACUCUUUAAAAACCGAAUUGUACUCUUCCUUUGAGUAUGAAAUUUGAAGAAGACGUGAUUUUCUACCGAAUAAGUAAAAGCAUGAAUAUUUUAUGCAUGUUUUCCAUGAAAUAUAAUGGAAUUUUCAGGGACAUCGAAAAUCAAUGAUAAAUUUGCAUACUACUUAAGUAGUCGUUUUUUGCAGAGUAUAGAUCUUGCAUGCAGCCGAAAAUAGGUUCUUUCGAAAGCCGACACCCGCAGGUAACUGGAUCAUUAUAGAUUUAUGCUGUAUCUUGAUUAGCUUUACAACACUACUUAAUUUAUCUUUUCGAAACGAGGACGCGUUUCGAAAUUUUGGUUGACAUUUCAUGAGUUACCAUAUCUACUGUAGGUGUGUCUUCGCCGGCGGCGGCGGCGGCGGCGGCGGCGGCGGCGGCGGCGAUGAAGGCUUCCUGGGAGAUUGGAUCCCGGUCUGCCGUGUUGAAGUUGCAACGGGUCCAAAAAUAUCAAACAAGGCCGGCCUGUGCCCCGAAUGUCCGCCAACAGCGUAG